AUGACACGCAUGACAAUCAAGGACUUGGGAUACGUUCCAGGUCAACUACCUGCUGGGCCAAAGAAUUCAAUUCUUGAUGUAAAAGGCGUUCAAGUCGGGCAAGUAACUGUGGGAGAGGAUGGUGAGAACGUUCGCAAAGGAGUCACGGUGAUAUUUCCCCGCCAUCCAGACGAGAUUUCUACGCCAUGCUAUGCUGGCAUGCAUGUUCUCAACGGCAAUGGCGAAGUCAGUGGAUCCUACCAGAUUAAAGAUUGGGGAUAUACCAACACUAGAAGAUUCUCAGAAAUAACGACUCGUGUAUUGAUCACGAAACAGCCCCUCGCUCUCACCAAUUCUGUUUCCUUCGGCAUAGUAUUCCAUUCCAUCUGGCAAUGGGUUCUCCAGGAUGCUCGCGAGAAAGGCAAAAGCCUCAAUGAGAUAAGCCACGCGUACGGGACGCCAAUUGUUGGAGAGACAGCAGACUGGCAUCUCAACGAUGUGUACCAAUCCGCUCUCACGCAAGAAAAUGUUGCGGACGCUUUCAAAGCCGCCAUGACCCAAACUGAGGUUUUGGAGGGACAGCAUGGCGGUGGUGCGGGUAUGACUUGCCACAUGUUCCCUGGUGGCACUGGGACUAGCUCAAGAAUUGUGAAGGGUGGGGAGGAAGACGGCAGGGAGUAUACGGUGGGAGUGCUGGUGCAGACUAAUUAUGGGCAUAAUUAUGAUCUGCAUAUUGGUGGUGUGCCGAUUGGUAAGUUGCUGCUUAAGGAACAGAAGGAGGCACCGCAGAGCAAGGUGCCCACGGGGAAGGCGGAUGAUGGGAGCAUUGUUAUAUUUCUGAUAACCGACGCACCAAUGCUUCCUCACCAACUGAAUCGCCUUGCAAGACAUUGUGCCGUCGGCCUUGCUCAAGUCGGUGGACAUGGUAUUGGACGAAAUCACUCGGGAGACAUUAUACUUGCGCUUUCCAUAGCUAACAAGCCGAAUGAGAUUGUCACAACUCCUCAAGUGAUGGGAGUUGGUCCUGUGGAGACAAAUCAGAUUGAGAUUAUCAAGAAUGAGAGUGUGGAUGCUAUGUUCAGGGCUGCUUCGGAAGCAACGGAAGAGGCGAUCUUGAAUUCUAUGAUUGCUGGGAGGGCUGGUAGAACGGGAUAUCAAGGCCUACACUUGCCUGGACUACCGAUUGAUAAAGUCAAAGAGCUGCUGGCGAAGUAUCGUGUCCAGGUUUGA